UAUAGGCAUCGCAUUCGCCGACAGCGUCGGUUCUAAGGCUUCUUGAAACUGUAUUUUGCUAGUUCGCUAGUUUUAACUUAUUACUUCGAAAUAUACCUAUGGUGCAUUGUAAUUUGUUUUUAUAGUUUUAAUGAAACAAAUUACGGCUGUGAGACUACUAUGGUUUCGCAGCGAAUGAUUACGUGAAUUCAAUUUUGUUAUUAAAAUUACUUUCAUUUAGAAGCUUAAAUAACCAAGAAAUUUAAACUUUUUCUAGAAAAAAGUUGUUUUUACCAUCUAACCAGGAAAGACGGUUCAGAAGAAUAAGAAUAAAAUAUUAUGACAAUGGAUAUUCGACCAAAUCAUACCAUAUACAUCAACAACCUGAAUGAAAAAAUCAAAAAGGAGGAAUUAAAGAAGUCUUUAUAUGCUAUAUUCUCACAAUUUGGCCAAAUAUUAGAUAUAGUAGCCCUUAAAACCUUAAAGAUGAGGGGACAAGCAUUUGUAAUAUUCAAGGAAAUUUCCAGUGCUACAGUUGCACUGCGAAGUAUGCAAGGAUUUCCAUUCUAUGAUAAGCCAAUGAGGAUUCAAUACUCAAAAACUGACAGUGAUGUCAUUGCUAAAAUUAAAGGUACCUUCCAAGAAAGACCUAAACGGCCUAAAAUGCCCAAGUCAUUGGAAGAUAGUAAGAAGAAGAAGAAAGAUGCUAAUAGAAAUGCUGUGCCUGGAUUUGGUCAACCUGGUCACCUUAAUAAUGUCAAUGUGGAACAACCUCCAAACCAGAUUCUGUUCCUUACAAACCUCCCAGAUGAAACCUCAGAGAUGAUGUUGUCUAUGUUAUUCAACCAAUUUCCUGGUUUCAAAGAAGUCCGUCUGGUGCCCAAUCGGCAUGACAUUGCAUUUGUGGAGUUUGCAAAUGAAAUGCAGUCUGCAGCAGCAAAAGAAGCACUACAAGGAUUUAAGAUUACUCCAACACAUGCAAUGAAAAUUACUUUUGCUAAGAAAUAAGAUGUAAUAUAGUUUAAAUAAAGUUUUACUUAUAUUGAGAUCUGUUUUGAGCAUUGCACUAAGCCUUAACAGCUCUCUCUCUCUCCGGCUGUGAUAAUUUAUUACAA